AUGCAACGAUGUAAAAGGCCGGCCGUACAUCAUUUGACAAUUGUUCCGAGAUCGGCAAACAGAAACUUUUCCGAUACGAUAAAUUCUAGUUUUUUCAUGUCCCAGCGUAAAUCGAAAGAUCCGUGCAAGGCUGCCGCUUGUAAAAUUCAGACCUGUCUGCGAGAACACAGCUACGACGAGGUAAAGUGCUACGAUGUCAUCGAGGACAUGCGGCAAUGCUGUCUGAAGUGGCAUAAAGUAUCGUUGUGCUGCUCCGGCAUCCAGCUCGAUCGUGACUACAAAGCCGAAAAGGAAACCAUCCUGCGGGAACGAGCAACGGCCCGUAAAAGCGAUGCCCACUGAUCCGCGCCGCCCACUGCGUGUUCCUAAACGAAAUUGGGUGCAGCGUAAUCCGCGAUUGUUCAGCAACCUGCUAACCGGUACCGCUUUGCUGAUAUUCUUUUCCAAACCUCUGUACGACGCGUUUAUCGCCGAACCCGAACCAGGUGCAUUACCGCCACGCGAAAUUCGAUCAGUUCGCAUCGGACCAAAGUAAAACCGAGCGCUCUAGCUAGGGAGCUUUUUCUCUAAGUGCGAUCUCUGACGCGAUGGAAUCGGUAAAACGGGCCAACCAACGGCUUCGCAGUUACCCACUGUUGAUGGCAAAGUGUUCCGUGGCUGCAGCGGCGUACGCCACAUGCGUUACAACUGAUCUAAACGUAGCGCACCGGUCUUGCGAUAAAGAGUUUCACAACUUCAAAGAGUGCAUGCGGAAAGCCGCUAUCGAAAUGAAAACAAAACUGUAGGAAGGUGAUACACAUCCAUCAGCUAACAAACGAACGUAGUACGAGUGUAGAUAACGAACCCGAAACUGCAAACACUUACCCCUAGAGAGCAAGAUAGUUUCCCGUAAAAGACCCGCAAGCCGGUUAAAUGUGUAAAAAAUGUCAUUCAAGAAGCAUCUCAUCAUCAGCACGCUCGUACGUGUUUUCCUCAUCUAUUAUGGCGAAGUGCAGGACAGUUUGUCCGAUGUGCAGUACACCGAUGUAGACUACCGCGUGGUCACCGAUGGCGCAAACCACGUGCUCGCGCUGGGUUCUCCGUUCAAAAGGCAUACCUAUCGGUACACCCCACUACUGGCGUAUCUGGUACUGCCAAACUUGCUACUGCAUCCAAGCUUUGGCAAGUUCAUAUUUUCGCUGUUCGACAUCCUGAUCGGAGUGCUUAUCAAAUGGAUUCUGCUAAACUGCUACCGCAGCAAUAAGAUAUCGAUCGAGACAAAGCUGCUGAAGCUGGAAACGCUUAACAAUCGGAACAAAUAUUUGAUCAAGCGAAAAAAUGAAAUUCUAAACAGCAACAACGAAUCGCUGCCGCCCAAGUACAUCCGGAUGGCCGAACUCAGUGCCUACUGCUGGCUGUACAAUCCGCUCACCAUGAUCAUAGCAACGCGGGGCAACGGCGACUGCGUUUCUUGCUCGCUGGUGCUCCUUUCCAUCUACUUUCUGCUAAAGAACGAGCAAACAAGUACACAGCACUUUAUCGCCGGCCUGUUUCUCGGCUUAUCGAUCCAUUUUCGACUCUACCCAAUCGGCUUCUGUUUGGCGUUCUAUCUGGCCACUCAAAAUCGAACGGUUGAAAAAUGGCACGACAUCGUACGCACCAUCCUGCAACCAAAUGCAAAGCAAAUAGCACUCGUAUUGGGCACCGUUAUCGCCUUAGGUUCGUCCACAGCUCUAUUCUACUGGCUGUACGGUUAUCAAUUCCUGUACGAAUCCAUGCUCUACCAUCUGGUACGGAAGGACACGCGACACAACUUUUCGCUCUAUUUCUAUCUGCAAUAUCUCAGCUCCACGUUCGAUGUGACGAUUCUGGAAAAGAUACUUACCUUCCUGCCGCAGCUCAUUCUGAUCCUGAUGCUCACCGUACGCUACGGUCAGCAUCGGCAAACGCUCGCCUUUGGCCUGUUUGCGAUCGCGUUCGUAAUGGUCACGUACAAUCCGGUCGUCACGUCGCAGUACUUCGUCUGGUUCCUGUCCCUGUUGCCGCUGUGUGUGAAAAACUUCCGAAACAUCGGCAUCCGGAAAGCGGUUUUCAUUCCAGUCAUGUGGUUCAUCUCGCAGGGUGGCUGGCUACUGCCCGCCUACCUGCUCGAGUUUAAGGGUUGGAACACGUUCGAAUUCAUCUGGAUACAGAGCAUUGUGUUCUUCUUCUCCAACGUGCUGAUUUUGCAGAUGCUUAUUAGUAAUUACGAUAUCGCUUACAACUAUAAAAUCGAUUAGGCACGCUACGCUAUCAUCAGUCAUGUAAAUAAAACCUGGUAUGUUAUUUGGUA